CAAACGACACACUAGCUAACCUCUGUCCAUAACACACUCACCGGAAAUUUGGGAUUUGGGAGCUUCUCGAUUUUUUACUUUUACAAGAAACACUUACCUGACUGUACAAUCACGGGUUUUUUGUUUGUUUGUUCAUGUUUUAGUCUGCUAACCUAGCUGACGUUAACGGUGAGCUCGGUUGUUGACAUGGUCAACGUCAGUAUAGAGAAGACAAACGUAUGACUGACAGCUCAACGGUCAUCCCAAACAACCAAUCCGUUAAUAAACGUCCACUUUAUGAGGGUAUUCACCUGAAGUUACACUGCUCCUCCUGCUGCUCCUAAGAUGAGGAGGCUGACCAAGAAGAAGGCUCUAACUCUGGUGAAGGAGUUGGACGCCUUCCCCAAAGUUCCCGAGAGCUACGUGGAGUCCACAGCCAGCGGUGGGACAGUGUCUCUGAUAGCCUUCACUCUCAUGGCUGUACUUGCCUUCCUGGAGUUCUUUGUGUACAGAAACACAUGGAUGAGGUAUGAGUAUGAGGUGGACAAAGACUUCAGCAGUAAACUCAAGAUAAAUGUUGACAUUACAGUUGCCAUGAGAUGCCAAUAUAUAGGUGCAGAUGUCCUGGAUCUGGCAGAAACCAUGGUGGCCUCUGAUGGCUUAAAAUAUGAACCAGUCAACUUUGAACUCUCCCCACAGCAAAGAUUAUGGCAAAUGACUCUUCUGCACAUUCAGGAGCGUCUGAGAAUGGAGCACUCUCUUCAGGAUGUGCUCUUCAAGACUGCAAUAAAAGGAGCUCUUCCUGCUCAGCCUCAAAGUGAGGACAGCUCCACUUCCCUCAGUGCCUGCAGGAUACAUGGACAUCUGUAUGUUAACAAGGUGGCAGGAAAUUUCCACAUUACUGUUGGCAAGUCCAUCCCACAUCCCAGAGGCCACGCCCAUCUAGCUGCUCUAGUCAGCCAUGACACUUAUAACUUUUCUCACCGAAUUGACCACCUGUCCUUUGGAGAAGAGAUCCCUGGGAUUAUCAACCCACUGGAUGGGACAGAGAAAGUCACUGCUGAUUCUAACCACAUGUUUCAGUACUUUGUCACCAUCGUGCCAACCAAGCUGAAUACCUACCAGGUCUCUGCUGACACACAUCAGUAUUCAGUCACUGAGCGGGAACGAGUGAUAAACCAUGCUGCAGGCAGCCAUGGAGUCUCUGGGAUCUUUAUGAAGUAUGAUAUCAGUUCACUAAUGGUCAAAGUCACUGAGCAGCACAUGCCCCUCUGGCAGUUUCUUGUCAGACUCUGUGGCAUCAUCGGAGGCAUUUUCUCUACCACAGGUAUGCUCCAUAGUAUGGUUGGCUUCUUGGUGGAUGUAGUUUGCUGUCGUUUCCAAAUGGGAAUCUACAGACAUCUUAAGGAGGCUCCUCUGGAUGUGCAGGAAAACAGUGAAACCUCAGUUCCUCCAGAAAAUUACUCUCAACAAUGAGACAUCAGCAGCAGCUCAGCUGCAGCCGACUGACAGCUCACCAUCUUAGCCUAACCCACCAGUCAGCAGUGAGAUGCUGGGAAAAUGUUUACAAGUUGUUUUUAAUAGAAAAUGUGUCCCUGCUUUGCUCAGAAAUGUGUAAAUAUUUUUUAUCUUUUAAAAAAAUCUUUAUUGGGUGGGUGAUUCUGACAUAACUGUUCAUCCACCUUGGAAGGAUUGUAAUCAAUACCUCCACUAAUUUUUUGUGACUUUCGCUGGAAGGCCACACCAGACUGAACAGCAUAAAUUAUUUACAUCCUUAUUGUAGGUCUGACUUCAUUAAAUGGACGGUACCUGGUAUUAAAUUUCUCAUUAUACCCACUUGGGGAUUUUCAUUUAUCCUGACCUUUUCUCUGGGUUACAUUUUUGUUUAUACACUUGAUUGACGGAUUAGGAUUGACCUGUGAAAAAGCAGGACAUUUUUCAGACUCCUUCAUGCAGUUUGGUGACCUCAGAAAGCGCCCAGUAUAGCUCUGCUCAACUUCAAGCUGACGAGUUCUAAUCAGCUGCAAUAAAGGAAAAACCUGUGUGGGUGUGCAGGGCCAUUAAAGGGGAAUUGAGUGAAAAGACUAAGAGUUCUAAAAUUGUUCCACAAGUGUGCCUGUGUUGUACUCACUGUGGCAACUAGAGAGACUGAUUUGUUAAAUAAAAUCAACUUUCAACAUG